AUGACUUACCUAUGUGAUUCAUACCAGACAAAAACAAUCGGUAUACCAGCAACCAAACGGCAAGAUAAUUGUGGUUUAAUUGCACUUUUUCAACCAAUUGGUCCUAAUAUUUCAUCCGAUGAUAUCUUUUGUGUUGCAACAACACAUUUACUUUUUUCACCAAAACGUGGUGAUAUUAAAUUAGCUCAAUUACAAUAUUUUCUUGCUGAAAUUGAUCGAUUAGCGACAAAAGAUCCAUACACAGAUUCUUAUUAUCCAAUAAUUUUAUGUGGUGAUUUCAAUGCUCAACCUCAAUCACCGCUUAUUCAAUUUCUAUUGAAUCAAUAUAUUAAAUAUGAUGAUUAUCGUUGUAUUGAAAUAUCUGGUCAAACAGAAAGUUCAAUCGUCAAUAAUUGUUCUUCUCGUCAAUUACCAUCAAAUGAACUUCUUCCAUCAUCAUUUGUUACUUCUGAUUGUCGUUUGUCAACAUCAAAUAAUGAAACGACUUUUCAAAAACAUAUCGAUCAACAAGCAUCAGCAAUAUUAACACAUAAUAAACAAUUUCAAUCAGUUUAUGAUUUAAAUAAUUCAUUAGAUGUAACAACGAAUGCUGGUGAUAACCCAAACUUAGUUGACUAUAUAUUUUAUACUCAACAAAAUGAUGAUCCAUAUAGAUUAAAUUUAUUAAGUCGUUUCGAUUUAUAUAAACAAAAUCAAAUGAUAAAUGUUCAUAUUCCAAAUCAUCAAUUUGCUUCAGAUCAUUUUCUUGUAGCAGCAAAAUUCGCUUUAAAAUUAAGAAAGACAAAUAAUCAGUGA